GAUACCAACAGACUACAAAUCAUCUUGAUACUACUACAAAAUAACACAACACCACAGCGAACACUCGUCUUUCAACUGAAUACCAUCAUCAAAUCACACACAAUGUCUGGAAUGUUGCACAAGGUUAAGGAGGCUGUUACUGGCCAUCACGACUCGACCUCCAACACCAGCACCGGUACCACCAAUACUGCCAAUGCCACCGAGAACUACAAGUCCUCCAACCACGGCCCUCACAGCUCCAACAUCGCUAACAAGCUUGACCCUCGUGUCGAUAGCGACCGUGACAACCGCGCUGGUCAUCACACUACCACAACCACCGGCCCCGGUGGCGCGACUACCACCCACUCCAGCACUCAUGGUCCUCAGCAAGCUCCUGUUGGCGCCGCUGGCGGCGUAGACGCCCCAUUCGGCACUACUGGACAUACUGGUUCCCACUCUACCAAUGCUGGCCCGCACAGCUCCAAUAUCGCCAAUAAGGUUGAUCCCCGCGUAGACUCCGACAGAGACAACCGCGCCCGUCACGAAGCUCUGGGCGGUGCUCAUGGCCCUCACUCGUCCGACCUGGCCAACAAGGUCGGACCCCGUGUUGACAGUGACCGAGACAACCGCGCCGCCGGUCUUGGAGCCACUGGAGCCAUUGGUACCCCUGGUGCCUACGCCUCUGGAACCAACCACGGUUACGGCACUGGCACUGGUAUUGGCACUGGCACUGGUAUUGGCCACCACGGCACUACUACCUCCACCGCUGGACCUCACAGCUCCGACCUCGCCAACAAGGCCGAUCCUCGUGUUGACUCCGACCUGGACAACCGUGCCCGCCACCAGAAUCUUGCCAGCAGCAGCUACAACACCACCGGUGGUAGCGCCACUGCGGGGCCCCAUAGCUCCGACAUUGCUAACAAGCUUGACCCUCGCGUCGACUCCGAUUUGGAUAACCGCCGCAACGUUGGCACCCAGCGCCAUUUCUAA